GCUCUAGGCUCGUCCGUCCUUCCACCCAGCACAGCCCCCCAGCUGCACUGCCCGGAGAACAUCAGGCCGCAUCAUCAUGGAUGGAACAAAGCCCGCCAUGGACUCCAACGCGGACGAGACUCAAGAGGAAGGACAGGAGAGUAAAGGAUGCUUCGAGUGCUGCAUCAAGUGUCUGGGCGGGGUGCCAUAUGCCUCCCUGGUGGCCACCAUCCUCUGCUUCUCCGGUGUGGCCCUGUUUUGCGGUUGUGGCCACGUAGCACUGACUGGCACCCUCACUAUGCUGGAGAACCACUUCUCCAGGAUCCCCAGUGACCACGCCACCCUCACCCUGGUCGUUCAGAUCUUUCAGUACAUCAUCUACGGCGUGGCAUCCUUCUUCUUCGUCUUUGCCGUGGUCCUGCUGGCUGAGGGCUUCUACACCACCGGCGCCAUCAAAAAGGAGCUGCAGAGUGACUUCAAGACCACCGUGUGUGGACGCUGCAUCACCGCCUUCUUCAUGUUCCUGACCUACAUCCUCGCCCUCGCCUUCUUCGCCAUCUUCGGUUUCACGGCCAUCCCAGUGUUCCUCUUUUUCAACAUGUGGAACACCUGCGCUGCCAUGAGGUCCCCAGACUCCAACAUCACCUCACCCGACUCCAUCUGCGUGGAUGUCAGGCAGUACGGUAUCAUUCCCUGGAACGCGACGCCGGGUAAAGCUUGCGGUGCCACUCUGGGAGACAUUUGCAACACCAAUGAAUUCUACCUGUCUUACCACCUCUACAUCGUGGCGUUAGCCGGCGCUGGAGCGACCGUCAUAGCACUGAUUCACUAUCUGAUGAUCUUGUCAGCCAACUGGGCCUACCUGAAGAGCGUCGUCUCCACGCACGAUUACCACGACAUCAAGACGAAGGAUGACCAGGACCUGGAGGCAGAGGCGCGCUCCAAGGAAGGCCAGAACUCAUCCUCCUACUCAUAAGGAUGAGCGACCCGCUAAUAGCAGCGCCCGUCUCCCCCGCACACCUUCAGCUGCCACCCACCACACCUUAGCACCCACCAACUUCCUUCAUGAAAACGACGCCCCCCAGUUAUAUUCAGUAGUCCCCGGAGCUCCUGAGUCUCUCUGCUCUUCCCUUCCGCCAUCUUGGAUGGAGUGGGCGUGGUCUCCCACCAGAAGGGAACAGGAUUGAGGGUCAGGGAAGAGAAGCCCCGCCCCAAAAGAGCCUUGAAAAUGUGAGCGCUCAUCCGUCAGGGGGCGACCUCAUGCGUGGGCCACCGGUUACCAAGCGUCUCCUGGCUGUUGGGGUCAGUUGGUCCGAGCAGGCCGGCCCAGGUCCUCCCCACUCGCCCCCCACCUCCCACCACUGGCCAGCGCAGCCUCUCGACGCACGACUCCCUGCGGCCGAAACAAACUUUGUUUACUGCUAGCGCCCCCCACGGGGAAGCCUGACAGCGACCAACAUCCUCUCUUUUUUUUGAUGUUUUAUAUGCAUAUAUACAGUAUAUAUGAAUAUGAAUAUAUUGUGUGAAUGUGUGCGAAUGUUGUUUUUUUUUUAAUACUCUGAAAAUGCCAGGUACUCUGAAAAUGUUUCUUCUGAUGUUUUUGCCGUUCAUUAUUAUUUUUCCACUUCUUUGCAUUUUUGACUGAUUUAUUGUAGAUGCUUAAAACAUUGUUACUGUGCAAGCGGACAAAAAAAAAAAAAAAAACGGACGAACAUUCCAAUGCCGGACCUGAGGAUCUCUUCCGUCAAUUUGGUCGGGAAUCACUUACCUGAAGCAUGUACCCAAACAACAACCACUAAAUCUUGCUCAAAAUUUGCUUCCUAUUUGCAAAAAAGGCUCAGCUGUAAAUAGUCUCGUUACCCCCUCCAAAAAAAAAUUGUAAUCAACUCAGCGAGAAGAGUCCGCGUUUGUCCGUGAUAUUCAUUUUCUUAUUACUUUGCAAACAUGUAUAUGUUCCCUUUGUGUGUGUUUAGCUCUGCAUUUGAUUUUACAAUUGUAACGUAACACUUGCAAUGAAAUGUCGUGAGAGGGAUGGAUACAGUGCGGCCGUGACACAAUGGAUCGAUGUACUUGUGAUAUGAAUAGUUCAAAUGCGACAGAAUUGAUUUGAUCAGCUUUGAGUUCGAGGCAGAUGAAUUCUUCUUGUGGUUCUAUAUCCUUCUUUUUUUUUUUUUUAAUGGCCAGCCAAAAGAGUGACUUGUUUGUGCGAUCGAGUACGUUAUUGUUUUUUCUUUCUUGACGCCUCCCCGAUGAGCCACAGACUGUUUUUGGAUGUUUACACUGAACUAAACAAGUCAGGAAUUUUCAUACAUUCAUUUUAUAAUCCAAUAUUAUUUCAUAAUCAUAAACUAUACUAUAUAAUUGAUGACCACUGCUAAGUCAACCAUAAAAAAGGGAAAAAAAUGCAAUUUGAUGAGAUGAAGCAUGUCAGUAUUGUUCACGUGUGCAGCUGUCUAUUCUGUAUUUAAAAAAAAAAAAAAAAAAAGAUUUUUAUUGCCAUGUGCGCUACGUUUGCCAAUCAUUCUCUGCCUCUGCUGGCAGGCGGAUGUAAAAGCAAACUUCAACUUCCUAUCCGACAAUUCAUGUCAGGGUGUUGUUGUUUCCUUGUUCUUUGCAUGAAGGAGACAUGACCGUGUCUUUGCAGUUUUUUCAGGUGAUGUGUAGUCAAUUGUAGGAGAACUUUGGUAGGCGGUGUUUUUCCCAAUUUCUUCUGCACCCCUACCCCAUUCCCCUUUUCUAAAAAAUAAAAAUGAAAAAUAAACACACAUACACACACACAUCCAUUGUACCUUGAUGGCAAUGUAAUCUAAGUAGGUGUUUCCUUAUGCUGUUUAUUUUAAGUUGGAACUAGUUUUAUGACUGGUAUAUAGUGAUGAUUUUUGUAACCUUCUCUAGUAAAACCGGUAUUUUUAUUAUC